AAAUUACCGCCAACUGUCAUAUUCUGUGAAGGUUAUGUUAUGGCAACAACAAAAUAAAAAAUUAUUAUUAAAAAAUUAUUUAUAACAAAACAAGAUGGAUUUAUGCAGAGUCUGUUUGUUUAAAACAGAACCAACCAGUAGCAUUUUCAGAGAAGCCAAAAAUGGACAACAAGUAGCCGAAAUUUUGCAAAGUUUCGCAUCAAUUGAGGUUGACGAAAACGAUGGAUUACCGAUUCACAUUUGCCCAAAUUGUGACGAAAAAAUCAACAAUUUCGUAGAUUUUCAAGCUUUAAUCAGGGAGUCUGAUUUUAAAUUGAAACAGACAAAGUCGCUGACUGAUGAAGACCCUCUGGAGUGUAUCCCGCCUUCCACGAUCACCAUAAUAAUAAAAGAAGAGCCCCACUUGGACUAUAAAUGUGUUGAAAUAAACGAAAAUGUAGAAAAUUUGUCACAAAUUGAUAUUAAACCACCCAAAAGAAAAAGGGUAAAACGACGAGAAAAGACAUUUUUCUGCCCUGGUUGUGAUAAGUCGUUUCGGUAUAAUCAUGAAUUAGUCGCCCAUAGUACUACACACACAGGGGCGGAACCUUAUUCGUGUAAAAUCUGUGACAAAAAAUUUAUUUAUAAAACGAGUUUUCGAAAACAUCAAACUGUUCAUUCUAGUAGUCGCCCCUACAAGUGUAAUGAAUGUGGCAAAACUUACAAGCAGUUAGGUGGUCUCCAAGUUCAUACAAAGUCUCACCACUCCAACGAAAUCGACGCAUCUUCAUUUGUUUGUGAAACCUGUGGCAAGAAAUUCAGGUUCCGCAGUCAGUUGCUAGUGCAUUGCACGAUCCACUCCACUGAAAAGCAAUUCAUUUGUGAAAUCUGCAGUAAAGAAUUUUCGCAUCCGUAUUUUUUCAGCCGGCAUGUGAAGAAUCACAAGAAGGGGCCAGCUGUGCAGUGUUUUGUCUGUGGAAAGACUCUGGCCAAUGAGAAGACUUUGUCUCAACAUCUUAAGUCUCAUUCUGAUGAGAAACCGUAUAGUUGCAGUGUUUGUCAGAAGAGGUUCAAGAUUAGGCAGAUUUUGAAGAAUCAUAUGAGGAUUCAUGAUGGUGUUAAAGAGUUUUGUUGUAAGAUAUGCGAGAAAAGGUUUACUUUUAGUAGUGUUUUGUAUAGGCAUAUGAGGGUGCAUUCAGGGGAGACUCCUUUUAAGUGUAAGUUUUGUGAGAGGAUGUUUGGGUAUUCACACCAUUUAGUGAAUCAUUUGAAUAGGUAUCAUUCUGUAGAAAAGUCGGAGGAAUUGAAGGAAAAAAUAUAAGGGUAGAAGAAGA